UUAAACAACAAAAAAUGGAAACACAGCCCCUUUCAGAUAAAGAAAAAUUUCACUUAAUUUCUUUAAUUCGUGACAAGCCAACUAUUUGGGAUUCUUCACAUGGAUUAUCUUGGAAAAAUAAACAUGACGAAUUUAAUUCACUUGUUGAUGAUAUGUCUAAAGAAUUUAAACGGGAAUUUACAGGUUUUUCAUAA